UUAUUCUGAUGUGUUGUCAUCUAUUGUGUGUGUUGAUCUGCUGUUCGUCCUGUGUACUAUAUCUGACUCUGACAUCAUUAUUAUAGGCCGACAGGGAGGAUCUGUGCGCACUGCCCUUUAAGAUGCGUCUGUAAUCUGCCCGUUAAUGGAAAGUCAUUCUGGCUGUUUUCUGCGGUGCAGGAGAGGAGAUCUGCUCCAGCUGGCCCCGAGGAAGGAGAGGAGAGGGAAAAAAAAAAAUCGUGUGGCGCAUUUUGUGUCGGCCGAAAAAUCCAGGAAGGAAGGGGAGAGGACGGGCUUCGCCGAGGGAGACGGAAAUGAGAGGGGGGUGUCCAGAGAGGAAACCCUAUCCCUUUAAGAGCAAGUGGGACAUAGCGGUGCGAGAAAAGGAGAGGAGGGGGAGAAGAAAGAGGAAUUAAAAAAGAAAAGGAAGAAAGAGACAGGGAGGGAGGAGGGAGAGCGGGCGAUAAAAAAAGAAAGAUGACAUCCUCGCAGCUGAACGGCCGAGGUGGAGCGAUAGGCUGCGGCCCGGCGAGAGCGCCGCUCGCCGGGGUCAGGGCUUGAAUCCAACAACGAGGCUUCGACAAACACCCGAUUGGCCUAUUGGGGGAAAUCGGAAAAAAUAGAUUCAUAAAUUAAAAACAAAGCAUGAGCUUCUGCAGAUACGUGUGUUAUAACUCAUAUUUGUUCUCUUUGCGUAAAAACGCAUUUAUUUCACGUUGAGUGGUUUGUGUUUAUAGCGAAAGUGUGAUACUGUAAUAUGCGCUUUUUGGGGUGUUUUGAAAGCAGUUUUGUUGUGUGACGUUGCGUUUUGGUGAGAUUUGUGUUUGAAAGUUAGAAACCAAAGUGAAAAUAGGCCGUUAUUUGGAGCUGGCCUGCUGCCUGUGUGCUGCAGCCUGCGUUAGUCAACAGCUGCGUGCAUUUUAAUUGACAGCAUUAGGCUACCUCAAUGAGAAAAACAUAUUUUUGCAGACGACGUUAUUCACGUUUUUCGCGAGAAUCCAGACGCCCGUCGUUCCUGCUGCAGGACAGGCGGCUGUUUGCGCUUCAAUCACCGGUGGGCCGAUCAAAACCAUGCAAAGGCUGCCCUCCUCGAUCUCAAUCAGGAGCUGACGUUAUAAUCUCCAUCGCUGUGGCGCAAAAUGGAUGCUGCUUGGAGCAAUUUUCUCUUCCAGAAUACUCCCACCCAAAACCAAGUGGAGGGGGGCCUCCAAUCAGAGCUCAUGCCAGUGCAUACGAGUUCUCCCCAGACCCCACCCACAGAGCACAUAGCACAGCCUCCUUCAACUGUGGACACUGCUGCUCUCAGUGAGGAGCCCCUGCCUGGUGAGGGACACUGCACUGCAUCCUACAACACCUGUGGAGCUGACAAGAUGAAGCCAGUGUCUCGGCCGGCCCGCGUGCCCCACAUCUGUGCCAUCUGCAACAAGCAGUUCAAGAACAACUACAACCUGCGGCGGCACCAGUCGGUCCACACUGGGGUACGCAUGAAGGACAGGGCCAGAGAGCAGGCGGAGGGGGCAAAGGAGGGAGCAGCCGGCCAGGUUGCGGUGGCGGUGGCGGCCCCGUCGGCGAUGGCGGUGGGGGCCGGAGGGAGGGCGGAGAGGCCCACUGUUCCUCUCUCCCUGCUACACCUCUCCGCACCUCCCACUCUCGCCCCUCCCGGCGUGCUGGCGGGGGCCCAGCAGCCUCCCCUGGGUAGUCAGGAUGGUGAAGGGGUUGCCAUGGCUAACGCAAUGGCUAGUGUUAACCCCCACGCUCCGCCUCCUGCUGCUGUCGUCAUGGCCACAGGGGCGACAGUACAGCGGCCCGCAAAUCCCAACCCGAACCCGGUGAGGAAAAACCACGCCUGCGAGACAUGCGGGAAGGCGUUCCGUGACGUUUACCAUCUGAACCGCCACCGCCUGUCCCACUCAGACGAGAAGCCGUUCUCCUGUCCCAUCUGCCAGCAGCGCUUCAAGAGGAAGGACCGCAUGAGCCACCACGUGCGCUCCCACCAGGGCGGUGUGGAAAAACCCUACGUCUGCCCGCACUGUGGCAAGGCUUUCUCCAGGCCUGACCAUCUAAACAGUCACGUCAGACAGGUGCACUCCUCGGAACGACCCUUCAAAUGUCCGACCUGUGAGUCCAGCUUUGCCACGAAGGAUCGUUUGCGUGCGCACAUGAUUCGCCAUGAGGAGAAGGUCCCCUGCCACAUCUGUGGCAAGCUCCUGUCUGCUGCUUACAUCACAGAUCACAUGAGGGUGCACAACCAGUCACAGCACCAUGCCUGCCAUCUCUGCAACCGCAGCUUCACCACACUGACGUACCUUCGAGUCCAUGCUCAGAAGCACCAUGGCCAGGAGUGGAAGGACAGUCCGGGGGGCUUUGGCGGCACGGCCUCAGGCGGCAUACUGGUCUGCCACUUGUGCGGCGUCCACUGCAAGACACCCACUCAGCUCCAGGGUCACAUGGGCACCCAUAGCAACAGCCAGGGUACCCCAAGCCCUAUCACCUCUAAUGUGGCUGCCAGCAGCUCUGUCUCCCUUAGCAACAUGGUGACAGCACCUACUGUGUAUGUCACUGGCAACACGGUGGUGGACCUGCUUGUCACAGACUGCUCUAGCAUCGCGGCACCACAGUCCCACAGUUAGCAGUAGAGAGCUCGGCAAUAAUAACCUCAGUCCCCUAACAGAGGGCAAGGUUAGAGAAGGUUAAAGUGACGCGUAGAUGCUGAUCAGGUUUCAGAUUUGUGAUGUCCCCACUUAUAGGUGAGGUUAGGAUUAAAAGGUAGGGGGAGAUUAACUCCAGUCAGCAUUCAAGGGCAGUAUCACCUCAGAGCUGGAGCAUCGGAGAAAAGGAAGCUGUAUUAAUAGAGCAGUGAAGUCAUGGAAAGAGGGACCUUUUUGGCUGCAGCAGGCUCACUGACACUAACGACAAACAUGGAUGUGCUGUCCGAAUAUUCCCGAGUGCUCUCGUGCAUUUAAGACUCCAAUGAAACUGUGGUAUUGUGAGCAUCUACUGUAUUACUCUCCCCCUCUCUGCCCUCUCUCUCUGUCCCUCCCCUCGACCCUGGCAUUGGCUGCUCUCUGCAAGUGCACCAAGUACUGUAUAUCUCACACCAGCUCUGAUCUUACCUCCAUUUUGCAGCUCACUUUCUAAGAAUCCAAAUGGCUUGCGUUAAAAAGUAGUAAGGAGAGAGUAGCUCUCUGAAAACGUAACGGAGAAACACAUUAGAGGGAAAGUUGUGCAUUUGGGUGUGUGUGUAAGUCAGGCCUCUGCUAGCAUGUUAGCUUGUUUGCUUACAAAACUAAAAUCAAUAUUUGAUUUUGCAAUGCUGUAAUGCCACUUUAAGGGUAAUUUAGGUAUUUUUUUAACUGGUUCCUAUUUUCUUAUGAUUUUGUGUCAAAGUGACUAAUGGGUACAACAGUUUUUUGGAAACUGGUCCAUUAAUGGGCAGCGGCAAAACAGGCUACAAUAGCAACUUUUUACACGGCCUGUUUAAGGUGGGAAUAAUGCGCUGUUAUGCUGCUCUGUAUAAAAAGGUACAAUCGCUGAAUGGGAGGACAGGGUUGUCUUACCUCACAGGAUCAUGGGCAAGACAGGUUUGGCAUUCUGACUAUGUACUAUGUGUGCGACCCAACUUGGGUGAUCUAAAAAAUAGCUAGUAGCAGUUAGCGGUUAACUCAAGGCAGAAGAACAGUGACCGUAAAUGUCCACAAAUUGGGAAAACAGUGAGAUUCGGGAGCUGCUUACCCUCUGAGCAGAGGACAAGAUCAGCUGCCAUAUGACAGAGAAUGUAAAUGGUCUUUAAUGCCAUUGUUGUUGUUUAUAAAGCACUGCAGACGUGUAUUUUAUGUUACAAGAGAGGCUGACGGUGUUGUGUUAAAUGUGACGCCCAUCACACCUCUUUUGGUUCUGCGAUGCCAGUAUGCUAUUUAAAAUCACACAUUGGAGCGGCAUGGUAGCGUCAUUGUUUGGUCAGGCAUAAAGAAGGGACUUACUAGCAGCCCCAUAGCGAGAUCUCUGUGUUAAAAGGGCUAAUCAAGCGUUAAUUGCAAAGGUAGUUAUGUACUGUCUAUUCAUAUACACUAAAAGAACUUGUUCUGGACAAUGACAGGCUUAGAUAGUUAUGUAAAGUGUCUGAAAACAUAUAGAAGUUAUCCCUACAGAGAUAGACCUUUUAGUUGAAGAGUAAGAGCCUUUGUUUAACCAGAAACAGCCCCAAAAAAUUGCCAAACUCACCAGACUCCAUUUAAAUAGACAGUAACUUUAUCAUCGUAACACACGCCUUAUUCAAAGUAAACACAAACAAAAUAAAAAUAAAACUGUCUCGGUUUGUCUUUCCACUCUUCCAACAAUCACCAACUCUGGUUGGGUUGAAAUAAACUCUUGUUUUACCCAGUUAGAUGUGAAAAUAUGCUGCUGUAAAUGCUGAAAUUACUGUUAAUUUGAAUGGAAUCUGGUGGGUUUAGCGAUGGUAAUUUCAGGGUUGUAUUAAACAAAAAGGAUCUUACUCUUUAACAAAAAGGUCUAUCUCUGUAGGGCUCCCCUCCAUAAUGUUGUCAGACACUUAGACGCCUGUCAUUGGCGAAGUCAAGCCCUUUUAGUGGAUGUAAAUUGAUGGUGCACAAUUGCCCCGAGUUGUUACAUUGCAGCGUGUUUUGCGGCUGCUGGCCACAGCGGUCUCUUUCGAUACAGAACGUGUUUCAAAAGUAGUUGUACCUAAUAGUCUCUCAGACACAACAACAUCAGAGAAUGGGGUCCAGGUUGAAAAAUACCGAAAUUGACCUUUAAGUCUCUAUAGAGGGCUGUCGAUCAGGACGGAAGGCCAUACGUGUUGUGGUCAGUGUGGAAUUGUGGGAUGUAUUUGUUCAUCUGUUUCCUAAAGGUACAGAGAUAAGAAUCGAAUUGUGUUCAGGAGUGUCAAGCACCUUAAAACGUUAUUGUUUGAUUCAGCGAGGAUCAAAAUGGGUUUGAGAUUUCUUGGAUUUUCUUGCUCUGAGUCUUCCUCUCUGGGUCUGGCCAUUUAAAAAAAAAAAAGAGA